GGCGGGCCGCGCUCUCUCCUCCCGCCGCCGCCCAGCCGGCAGCAGGGUCUGAGGGGAGCAGCCGCCGCCGCACCGCCAGCGCCCGCCGCCGCCGCCAUGGGGGUGGAAGGCUGCACCAAGUGCAUCAAAUACCUCCUCUUCGUCUUCAACUUCAUCUUCUGGCUGGCUGGAGGCAUCAUACUGGGAGUGGCCCUUUGGCUCCGGCAUGACUCGCAGACAACAAAUAUCCUCUACCUGCAGCUGGGGGAGAAGCAGGCCCCAAACACCUUCUAUGUCGGAAUCUACAUCCUGAUUGCAGUCGGAGCUGUCAUGAUGUUCGUGGGGUUCCUGGGAUGCUACGGUGCUAUUCAGGAGUCUCAGUGCCUUCUGGGAACGUUCUUCACUUGCCUGGUGAUCCUGUUUGCCUGUGAAGUUGCGGCUGGCAUUUGGGGAUUCGUCAACAAAGACCAAAUAGCCAAAGAUGUGAAGCAGUUCUAUGAUCAAGCGUUUCAACAAGCGCUCAUGGCAGAGUCAGACGCGAGCAACGGGAAGGCUGUAGUGAAGACCUUUCAUGAAACGCUGGACUGCUGUGGUCCUGACAAUGUAGUAGCAGCUGUCACUCCUGUUUGGAGAGAUGACCUCUGCCCGAAGAAGGACAUCCUGAAAAGCCUUAUUGAGUCCUCAAGCUGCCACAAAAAAAUUGAUGAGCUGUUCUCUGGGAAGCUGUACCUGAUUGGUAUCGCUGCCAUCGUGGUUGCCGUGAUCAUGAUCUUCGAAAUGAUCCUGAGCAUGGUGCUGUGCUGUGGCAUAAGGAACAGCUCCGUCUACUGAGCCGUGAGAACUGGGGGAGGGGAAGGGGGGAGCAGGGCAGACGGCGCUAGAGGGGACCCCAAGUGCCACCAAGUGACCAGGAGACAUUUCAACAAAAGACAAAAAAACCUAUGUAUAUAAAUACUUCCAGUAUUACCAUCCAGUACUUAUCAUUUUUAUUUUUAAGUACUUUUUUUUUUUAAAAUAAAUAAAACUUUCCCGUAUCCUUGUGGCUGAGUUAGUUACACAUCAGUUUUGUGUGAUGGGGAAAGCUGCCAUAGCAGCAGAUCGAGUCCUUCCUCCCACUUCCACAGCCCCCGUAACUCAGAAAUAACGCUGGUGGAAGAUGUGCAGAGGAGAAGGCUGCAGCCUGUUACCGGAAAACUUUGCCUUGGUUUUUACUCUCUUAUUGAACACCAACUUUUUUUUAUAUAUGUAAUUGGAUGCUGAAGCAGAAUUUAGCAUUUUUGUUCAUUUGUACUUAUCUUUUCCUACCAUCACCCUGACUCCCUGGCGUUUCCAAGCUGUCUGUAGGGAAGCCUGGCUGACUGCCCAAAACCUGGGAGAGAGGGAGAGGAGAGGAAGCAGCCCCGUCACCUGGGCGCAAGUGUCCUGGAGGAAAUGCAGGCACAUUGUUCCUCUCCGACCUGUUUGUAUUGUAGGUCAGUCCUCUAACAGAAGUCACGCUUAAUUUUUUUUACUUUCUGAAGAGUCGGAAUGUUUUUGGCUUUUUGUUUUUUGUGGGGUUUUUCUUGGGGCUAUAACUUCAUAAACUGGCUCAUUUCCAUUGAUUCAUUAUGUUGAAGGAACAGUGGCUGGGGGUGAAUUUUAGUCCCAAUUUUUCAAAUAUAACAAACUGAAUAUUGUCGCUUUCUAACUUCCUUCAAUGUUCCUUUAUAGACAUAUGGUUUUGGGAAAGUCUAGUUCAGAACUAAGUUUCCGCUGUUAAGCUAAUGCUUGCAUACAAAUGAUACUAGAAAAAUGAAGAAAACAUUUUUUUUCUAAAGAAAAAAAAAAAAGUCUUUAACCUUAGAAAUCCUGCAUUUAUGUACUGCAGGAUGAUGCUUGGGGGGUGCCCAGCCAUAUGCAUACACAUUUAAAAUGUCAUCUUAGCAUCACUCUCUUGUUCAGUGAAGCUUUCGUUACUUACAGCAUAUUGUCGCACACUGUAACAUUGCUGGGAAAUUUUCAUAACCUGAUUUUGGGAAAAAAAAAAAAAAAGUUUAUUUUUAAGACCUUCCACUUCCAGUUACAUCAAUGGCAGGAGAUCAGCUUAUCAAAGCCAGGGAAUUCAGGAUUUUAGAUCGCACUAGUUAAAACGCUUUCUUGUGACCUGGUAAGCUUUGAUUGCCAGUUUGAUGUAUGUGGCUUCUGUUGUAUGCCACGCCAUUACCAUGUAGAUAGAGGGAGAGAGUGACCCAGGAGCUAUGUAAUAAAAUCAGAGCGUCUCUAAAAAGAUUAUAUGUAUAGUUCUAUAGAUAUAUAUUUUUAAGCAAAGCCUUUUCCUUAGCAGUAGGGGCACUUGAGCUGGGAAUGAUAGUAUCUCUCAGCUCUUUGCCACCUCGAAACAGGUAAGGGGAGGAGUUGAAACCAGUGAUCAUCUUCCCCACUUCAGGAAUACUUCUGUUUCUUCAAGUAUUUCGCUCUCCCCCUUUGUUGCAGUGAAGAGCUUCAGAUCAGAUCAGGAGGGAGACCCGCAAUCAUUUUAAACUACUACCUUGUCCACUGCAUGUGGCUGCCGUGGCCUUUGCCGCUGCUGGAUAGGAAAUUCCUGCACUGGGGCAAACUGAUCCGUUUGGAGGCUUUUCUCCCCUUCCCCUCCCCCUGCUUUCCUCUUCCUGCCUUUUAGUAUAUAGGGCCUUUUAAAAAGUAUAUAGGUAAAUAUAUAUAUAUCAAGUUGUGCUGGGUAAGAGGAGGAAGUGCUUCAACAGAACUUCGGAUUGAGGGGUUGGACAGGGAAGGAUUCAGCCUUAGAAAUAGCCUUAAAGCAACACUGCCCUGAAUGUCCACGUUGUGCACUUCGAGAAUGAGAUGAGGUUUUGCAGUAGGUAACCCCUUCCCGGGCUCCCCAGCAUAGCUCCUUCAGGUCAUCUACUCUGGUGUGUGGCUAUAUGUAUAUGCAUCAACCAAGCAUGUUUGUUUACAUAUAUGUGCAUCGGGAUUGUUAGCAUACAGAAUGGAUGUGUAACUUGCUGCCUUUUUUGUUGACUGUUGAUAAAUGUGUAUAAAUAUGCCGUUAAGCAUUUCA